ACUACUACUACUGUUAAUGCUGACUCAGUUCUUCUCCAAAGGAUAGCAACAAAAACCAAAAACCCCUUAUACCCACAAUUCUGUCAACUAUUUUCGCAUUUGUUCAAGAAAUGGCAGCAACUGCAGCUUCAAGCUUGCAAAUAACGAUAGCUAGGCCAUCCAUAUUCUCUACAAAAAGAAUUUCCAGUGUCUGCUCAAUAAAGUUUAGUGCUAAUACUAGAAAACAGUCAUGGAAUAGACUUGCCAGUAGCUCUUGUGUUUCAUCCAUUCAAGAUUUUUGGCGCAAUUUCACAUCGACGUCUCAAAAGUUAGAGAAAGUUGUCACCAAGGCAAAAUCAGAAGCUGAUGAAAGCAAGGCUGCCUCUGGUCUUCCGAUUGAUUUAAAAGGUAAAAGGGCAUUUAUAGCUGGUAUAGCUGAUGAUAAUGGAUACGGAUGGGCUAUUGCUAAGUCCCUGGCUGCUGCGGGAGCUGAAAUUCUAGUUGGAACCUGGGUUCCGGCCUUAAACAUUUUCGAAACAAGUCUGCGACGUGGGAAGUUUGAUGAAUCACGCAUUUUGCCAGAUGGCUCUUUGAUGGAGAUUACAAAAGUAUACCCACUGGAUGCUGUUUUUGACAGUCUUGAGGAUGUACCUGAAGAUAUAAAGGCAAAUAAGCGUUAUGCUGGUUCUUCUAAGUGGACAGUUUCGGAAGUUGCAGAAUCUGUUAAGGAGGAUUUUGGCAGCAUUGACAUUCUUGUACAUUCACUUGCCAAUGGGCCGGAGGUGACUAAACCUCUUCUAGAGACAUCGAGGAAAGGAUACCUUGCGGCAAUAUCAGCAUCAAGUUAUUCCUAUGUGUCUUUACUAAAGCAUUUCCUUCCAAUUAUGAACCCAGGUGGUUCCUCAAUUUCUCUUACCUAUAUUGCGUCUGAGAGGAUCAUUCCAGGAUAUGGAGGGGGAAUGAGUUCUGCCAAAGCAGCACUCGAGAGCGAUACCAGAGUGCUUGCUUUCGAGGCCGGAAGAAAAAAGAAAGUUAGGGUGAAUACAAUAUCUGCCGGCCCAUUAAGAAGUCGAGCCGCAAAAGCAAUUGGUUUCAUAGAUAUGAUGAUUGAGUACUCCAUAGCCAAUGCACCUCUACAGAAAGAAUUAUCAGCAGAUGAAGUAGGAAACACGGCUGCAUUCCUAGCAUCGCCUCUGGCUUCAGCGAUUACUGGUGCUGUUUUAUACGUUGACAACGGUUUGAACGCAAUGGGUGUGGGAAUCGACAGUCCUUUAUUUAAAGACCUCAACAUUCCCAAGAACGAGGGAUAGAAGAUAUUCCUUCUAGGUGAAUUUGUAUUUGUGUACAAGUCAUUAUGUUUUUUUUAAACUUGUUAUGGUCAGAGCCAAGAAUGGCUAGGCCAGCGGCCUCCACGAAAUCAUCUAUUGUUGUAUGAUUGAUAUUUUAUAGAGUAAAUAGAAGUAAUGAGUUUCCAGUAA